GCUGAAUGAAGUUUUCUGGGUAAUGGCUCGAAAUGUUUUCCUUAUGAGAAGUGGUGUUGAGUUACAGCGUGGAGACGGAGCACUGGGAGGAGAGAAGUGGCAGCCCCAGCCCGGCCCCCACCUUUUCUUGGGCUUAUAGGAAGGUGGACGUGGGCUUGGUGGGGGGGGAGACAAGUGAUAUGUUGAACUGUCCGGUGGCUGGAAUCGACUGCUCCCGGAGUGACCCACGGGCAGUGUUUAGCAUGGUUUAGCCAGGGGACAGCUGAGCAGGCACAGAGGCUCUGCUGUGAAAUGCCACGCAGGCAGAGACUGACAAGCAGUCGGAGCUGAGCUUUCCCCCUUGGACCGCUCUUGCCGCUGGGUUCAGGGGAGGGGGUGCUUUCUGGCAACCCUGCUGCUGCUACUUCAGCUCCCUCUUCCCACACAAGGUAAGCAGGCUCCAGGGGAGGGUAGGCAGCAAGUGAAGCCUCUGCACCAUGAACAAGAUUCGAAAGUUUUUCCGAGGAAGCGGGCGAGUCCUGGCAUUUAUAUUUGUAGCUUCUGUCAUCUGGCUGCUCUUUGACAUGGCAGCUCUCCGCCUGUCAUUCAGUGAGAUCAACACUCGGGUCCUCAAGGAAGACAUCGUUAGGAGGGAGCAGAUAGGAUUCCGAGUUCAGCCAGACCAAACUAAGAUCCUUUACAGCAGCAUAAAAGAAAUGAAGCACCCACUGAGGGGACACGGGAAGGGCAUAUGGGGCAAAGAGAGCUUUAGAAAAACUGAGAAGGGUAUGCUCGAGGUUGAGGAUGACUUGGACCAAACCCAGAGGGAAAGAAAAAUGCAGAACACCCCGGGAAGGGGCAAGGUCGCCCCUUUGUGGCAUCCUGAGUAUCUACAGACCCUUCCGGUGACUUUGACCAAGCAAAACACAGAGAGGCAGGACCUCAGAUCUGAAGCCUACUCUCGCCACAUGGCAAAGCAAAUGAGGACUCAGGGGGCUCAGAGAACCCCAUUCAUAGCUGCAAGAGAGACUCAGUUGGCCGAAAUUUCUGUACACGCAGGACCUGACCGUAUAAACCAGGAGGCCCCGAAGAGUCCUAGUCUUGGCAGUGAUGCAUCAAAACAAGCAGCCGAAAGAAAUCCAAAAGUGACCCUCAGUCCUGAUACUGACAGAUCAAAGCAGCAAUCACAGGCAGUAGCAAAUGAGAGGACACACCCUGCCAGCCCACUGUUGCCAAAAUCUAGGGAAGCCAUAGCCUUAAAUAAAACUGAGACUCAGAGCAAAGAACUAGAUUCAAAUAAACACGGAGCCAAUAAGAGCCUUCCCUUUUCCAAGUUUAUUGCCAAUUCAAAUCGCUCAAAGAAGCAAUCUAUUAACGAAGCACCGUUGGGAGGCUUGCCAAAGGAUGAUGGAGCCAAAGUGGCUGGUGGGAAGAAAUUCAGUUUCUCUGAAAGCCACGUUGUGAUUAUAACUAAGGAGGAGAAGCUAAAGACAGACACCAAACAGGCCCCCAAUCCUAAAAACAAAACUGUGCUCCCUAUUGUACUGGGUGAAAGCCGAGGGAAACACAUUUCCAGGAAGAGAAGUGAGGCAUCUUUCCCUCCACGGAGAGCAACAGUCUCUCAAUCCCAUCAAGCCUUAGCUGAGGGGCUAGAGCCAGCAAGAAUCAACUUGACUGCCAAGGCCCAACCUGCAGAACUCAACCAAAAUCGUAUAAAAGCCCUGUUACCUGAAGAACGUGGAAUGCACCAUGUGUUAAAAAUUGACGUGACACUUUCUCCAAGGGACCCCAAAGCUCCAGGCCAAUUUGGACGGCCCGUAGUCGUUCCCCGUGGAAAGGAGAAGGAGGCAGAAAGAAGAUGGAAAGAAGGAAACUUCAAUGUCUACCUCAGCGAUUUGAUCCCAGUGGACAGAGCCAUUGAAGACACAAGACCUGCUGGGUGUGCAGAGCAGCUAGUUCACAAUAACCUCCCGACCACCAGUGUCAUCAUGUGCUUUGUGGAUGAAGUGUGGUCCACUCUCCUGAGGUCUGUUCAUAGUGUCCUUAAUCGCUCUCCUCCACACCUCAUCAAGGAGAUUCUACUGGUAGAUGACUUCAGCACCAAAGACUACCUAAAAGGUAAUUUGGAUAAAUAUAUGUCUCAGUUUCCAAAAGUUCGGAUUCUUCGCCUCAAAGAGAGACAUGGCUUAAUAAGAGCCAGGCUGGCAGGAGCACAGAAUGCAAAAGGUGAUGUGUUGACAUUCUUGGAUUCUCACGUGGAAUGUAACAUUGGUUGGUUGGAACCUCUUCUGGAAAGGGUUUAUUUAAGUAGAAAGAAAGUAGCCUGUCCAGUAAUUGAAGUCAUCAAUGAUAAAGAUAUGAGUUACAUGACAGUGGACAACUUUCAAAGAGGCAUCUUUGUGUGGCCCAUGAACUUUGGUUGGAGAACAAUUCCUCCAGACGUUGUUGCAAAAAACAGAAUUAAAGAAACAGAUAUAAUAAGGUGCCCCGUCAUGGCAGGUGGAUUGUUUUCUAUUGAUAAAAAUUACUUUUUUGAACUUGGAACAUACGACCCUGGGCUUGAUGUCUGGGGUGGAGAAAAUAUGGAGCUCUCAUUCAAGGUGUGGAUGUGUGGUGGUGAAAUUGAGAUCAUUCCCUGUUCCCGAGUGGGCCACAUAUUCAGAAAUGACAAUCCAUACUCCUUCCCCAAAGACCGGAUGAAGACAGUAGAGCGGAACUUGGUGCGGGUUGCUGAGGUCUGGCUUGAUGAGUACAAGGAGCUAUUCUAUGGCCAUGGGGACCACCUCAUAGACCAAGGGUUAGAUGUUGGAAACCUCACCGAACAACAGGAACUUCGAAAGAAACUAAAAUGCAAAGGUUUCAAAUGGUACUUGGAGAAUGUUUUUCCUGAUCUAAAGGCUCCCAUUGUGAGGGCUAAUGGUGUGCUUAUUAAUGUGGCCUUGGGCAAAUGCAUUUCCAUUGAAAACACCAUAGCCACUUUGGAAGACUGUGAUGCGAGCAGCAAGCUUCAACAAUUUAAUUACACCUGGCUAAGACUUAUUAAACAAGAAGAAUGGUGCUUAGCUCCCGUCCCUGAUAUGGGGGCUCUGAGGCUGCACCCUUGCGAUAACAGAAACAAAGCGCUAAGAUGGCUGCAUAAAUCAACAUCAGUCUUUCAUCCAGAACUGGUGAAUCACAUUGUUUUUGGGAACUAUCAUCAGUUGUUAUGCUUAGAAGGAAAUGUUUUUCAGAAGACCCUGAAAGUCGCUGCUUGUGACCCAGAAAAGCAAUACCAAAAGUGGAAAUUUGAAAAAUAUUAUGAAGACUAAAGAACAACUAAUAUUUUUAUCUAGUAAACCCAUUAGACACUGUGAAAAUGACAGUGGAUGUGAGGACUGUAUUUCUCCACAGUAGUUUACAUUUUCAAAAUUAAGAGCAUUUGAAUAGGAGAUUUUAAAAACCCACAAUAUUCGAGAAACCAAAAGUGAGCUCAGGGAAACAACCUAAAGUUGAACUGGAGUCCAUCUUCAGCUCUGGGUGGCCUUUUGAAUUGCAUGCUUCCUGCCCUGUGCUGGAUGGACCUCAGCCUGCCAACUUCCCCAUGCAAUCAAACAGGUAAC